GCGCACAACGCCGUGAGCGCUCUUGGCCUUGCUGAAAGAAGCCGAGCAGUCAGAUUUUUGGUUGCAACACCCGUGGUUGGCAAUUGUUGUAGUCCGUGUUGUAUUUGAGCUUCAAGCCCUGUGUAUGUAUAGAGACAGUUUUUGUACUCUGAGUGAUUGAAGGCCAAGAGAAAGGAGCAACAAUGUCAGCUGUCAAGGAAUUACAGUGCUACAACCGGGGUUGUGGCAGCAAAUACAACCCUGAUGAGAACAAGCAAGACUCGUGCACAUACCAUCCUGGUGCGCCGUUCUUUCACGACGCCUACAAGGGCUGGUCAUGCUGUAAAAAGAAGACGGUUGAUUUCACAGAGUUCCUGAACACCAAGGGCUGCACGAAAGGCUUUCACAGCGACGUCAAGCCGGUGGAGCCGGAGAAGCCCCAGAAGGAGGCGUCGCCGCCCUCCCGCGAGCAGCAGAUCUUCUCGCCGCAGACGCCCAACAGGAAGCUGGAGCCGCCGGCGCCGCGCCCGCCCUUCGACUCGCCCAUGACCGAGCUGCCGUGCACCGUGGCGCCAUCUCUGAGCCAGGCGCUGAAGCAGCGUGCGACGGACCCGGCUCGGCCGGAAGCUGCCGACGCCGGCCAGCUGCAGCCCGGCACCAGCUGCAAGAACGGCGGCUGCAAGGAGACGUACGGCAGCUGCAGCGCCGAGUGCCGCUUCCACAGCGGCGUGCCGAUCUUCCACGAAGGCAUGAAGUAUUGGUCGUGCUGCCAGCGCAAGACGUCUGACUUCAGCGCGUUCCUAGCGCAGGAGGGUUGCACCACCGGUGACCACCUCUGGAUCAAGAAGAAGGAGGGCGACGCCCGGCGCACCAGCUGCCGCUACGACUGGCACCAAACGGGCAGCCACGUGAUCGUGGCCGUGUACGCCAAGCUGGCCCGGCCGGAGCGGAGUCGCGUGCUGGCCGGCCCCGUCCGGCUGCGGCCGCACAUCGAGUUCGGCGACGACCAGGAGUUCGAGGUGGACCUCGAACUGCGCGGGCUGGUCGACCCAGCCCAGAGCUCGGUCCAGCUGCUCGGCUCCAAGGUCGAAAUCAAGCUGAAGAAGGCCGAGCCGCUCUCCUGGAGUCAGCUGAGCGUGGCGCGCACCGAGCCGGCCGCGCCGCCGGCCGCCCGGCCCGACGCCGACCCCAGCACGGACGCAAUGACGCAACGCGUCGACGCCGUAGACCUCAGCGGCUUGUAGGCGAUGCCACCGGCCAGAUGGUGACGGAUCGGACUCCGAUGCUGGACUCUGGGGAGGCGCACCGGCGGACGGAGCGGUGCGCCCCAGGCGGUGACGGAUCGGACUCCGAUGCCAGACUCUGAGGAGGCGCGCCGGCCGACGGAGCGGUGCGCCCCAGGUGAUGACGGGUCGGGCUGGCAAGGACGAGCGUCGGCGAAAGCCUUGCUGACCUCUGAGCUGGCAGCCUUGCUCAGCAAGACAUGCUCCUGCGACUCCCCCGUCCAUGUUCACGAUGGAAAUCUUCAUUUUAUUGGCGCGUCUUUGCCGCAUGCGCUUGGUUGUCCCCCUGUUGUGUAGCACUAUUACACCUGACCAUGUGAAG